AUGGAAUCACAAUCUUCGGAAACCCCUCUCGCCACACUAUCGUUGAAUAUCCCGGCUUUCAACACGACUAACACUAAGUCCUGGUUCGUUCAAAUCCAGGCAUUAUUUGAUGCGAAGCAAAUCACCUCCCAGAGAACCCGGUAUUGUUACUUAGUGGAAAAACUGCCAGCAGACAUCGUCGAGGAAGUAAUGGAUUUACUGGAAAAUGUCCCGGAUGGCAACCCGUACGAUAGACUCAAGGAAGCAAUUUUAAAACGGACCGGUGCCUCGAACGAAGCCAUGCUACGCAACCUUUUCACUCAGGUUGAAUUAGGAGACCGCACCCCAUCGCAGUUAUUGAGGCACAUGCGAACCUUACUGGGUGACAACAAAAUGUCCGAGAACAUUAUGCGGAGCUUAUGGCUGGACAAGUUACCCACUACAACAACACAAAUCCUCGCACCCAUGACGGAGGAAACGCAGACAGAAAAACUCGCGGACAUUGCAGAUCGGAUCCAUGAAAGUUUUCGAAGCCGCAGGGUAAACUCUAUCCAACCACAACCAGCCCAACAAAGAGACAGGGAAUUUAACGACCUCAAGUCUACUGUAGAAAGAUUGUCUAUACAAUUACAAGGCUUACUGCAAAAGACCGACAGUACCGCCGCGAUAAAUGUCCAGGCUACAGAAAGCGAAGUUUCAGCAGAGGCCGGACUGACAACCGCAAUCGAAAAGAUGAAAUUUGUUACUACCACAAAAGGUUUGGUCCUGAGGCGAGACGUUGUAUACAUCCUUGUUCUUUCAACAACGCGAAUGCGGGAAACGGAAAUUCCAGCCAGUAGAGACGACGGCUGUUGCUGGAUUUUAACAAAAGGUCGUCUGUUUUAUAUCCGCGACAAAAUUAAUGGAUAUAACUUUUAA